AAUGUGUACCAAUCGCGGACGCCGUGUGGUUUUGCGGGAGAAACGGCUCAAUUAUCAUCACCGGUGGGGGGGAAGAGAAACACCCUCGUCUCCUCCCGGCCCUGCGGUGCGACACGCCCCGGCUUGCUGCCUUUGACAAACCCUUUAUUUUGAUCGCAGCACAUGGCAGCGCGAACUCAUCCCCAGUGAAAGCGUCGCUCCGCGCAGCCGCAGGUGGAAUUGAUCCCUCUUCAAAGACUCAAAAGAGACACUUCAAAGAAAAAAAAGCAUCUUUGUUUUGAAGCAAUUCGUGUUUAAAUACAUUGACGGAGGACAACCGGGGUUGAGUUUGGUCGAAGAGGCGUUUUGUUUGUCGGCGCAAAUAGCUAACAGGUGGGGACGACGACACGCAGCUUGGCUCUCAAGAGUGCACGGCAGCCUGAUCAAUGGCACUGACGGUGAAUUUAAGUGGUCCAUCACCAUGGGGCUUCAGAAUAGUCGGAGGAAGGGAUUUCAAGAAGGCCUUAACGAUCUCAAAGGUUAACGGAGGCAGCAAGGCAGAGCAAGCAGCUCUCCAACUAGGUGAUGUCAUCUUGGCCAUCAAUGGGGAAAAUUCUGCUGACAUGCUGAAUGCAGAGGCCCAAAAUAAAAUCAAGAACUCCAAGACCCAUCUCCAGCUUCUGGUGGAAAGAGCGAAACUUUCCAACCCCCGGCAGACAAAUGGAAUCAGCACCCCUGAACAGCUUACAGGAAGAUUUCAGGAGGCGGUACAAGUGAGUCGAGACGAGAACCAGAACUACAAAGAGUACACCAUUUCCAGCCCUGCAUCACGGUCACCUGGGCCUUAUUCACCACGUCGUCCUGCCAGUCCUGAUGGGAAAAAGGAUGGGCUGAUAGCCACCACCAACAAAAGUGUUCAGAUACGCUCAUGGUCGCCAGAGGAGAAGAGUUUUAGACUGCCCAGGCCACUUUCACAGGACUUCUCUCCUUCAGACUACAGAAACAGCUCUGUGUCGAGCAGAACCCCUACUCCACCAGGACGCUACUCGCCCAAUAGCGCUCUUGAUCAGGACGUUCAUAUGUCUCCUCAUCGCAGUAGUUCAAGCUCUGAAUCCAUCAUGCAGAGGUUUGACAAGGACUCCGAGGUGUACAAAAUGAUCCAGGACAAUCGAGAGUCUCGUGUGACGCCACGUCAGUCCAACACCUUCAAAAUGCUACAAGAGGUUCUGGAGGCUGACGAGAAAGAGGCGACGCUGAAGUUUCCGGGAAAACUAUCGCCCAAUCCUCCCAAGCCAGCCGCGCCUGUUGGAGGCGGCAGCAAAUAUCACAUCUGUGAAAAGUGUGGCACCAGCAUUGUCACACAGGCUGUUCGCAUCGUGGACGACCGCUUCCGUCACCCCGAGUGCUACACGUGCUCGGACUGCGGCCUCAACCUGCGGAUGAGAGGUCACUUCUGGGUGGGAGAUGUGAUGUACUGUGAGAAGCACGCCAAGCAGCGGUACCAAGGCCCAGAGAGCUCGCUGCGAUCCAGCUUGUCCCCUCGCCAGUGAGUCUGCGGCACUGGCCUGCCUGAAUAUCCACCUCGACUGACUCUGUUACGGACCUUGGGCAUGUGGACCGGGGAAUCAACAACAUGGCCCAGAAUGUUCUAUCCUGAUUACAGUCAACUCUGUUUGGCAUUAGUAUAAUUCACUUCAAAUUCACUUUGACAAUUUUCGGGAGGUUUUCCAUGUGCCAGCUUUACAACAAUACCAGUACUGUACUUUAUUCAACACACCUCUGACAAUCUGGAUCAUAUUUCUUAUUACAGUAGUUUGGUGAUACAAAGGGACCAAAUCCAACCCAGACCGCAUGUCAUAAACAUAUAGUGAGUGUGUGUGCGUGCGUAUGUGUGAACAAGAGAGGAAGUAGAAAGAGUCACACGUUGUUUUGCAGACUCGAAUUAUUUUGUGAUAUAUUUUAUUUUAUACGCUAGGCUAAGCCACAGCGCCUCAAAUGUUAUCUUUUUUUUGUAAACUGAAUUUAUUAGGAAAAACAUGAAAAAAAAGAAGUGUUUUCUGACUUUUUUUUUGCUUUUGUGUGGUUUAUGAGGGGUUACAGAUUAUUUCAAUUUACAACUACUUUGAAUGUGUGAACAGUAUGCAAUAAUAUAUAUUUACCAUGUAUGCACAUGACGUGUGGAAAAAAGUGAUGAUAUAUUUACCUAUUUACAGCAGUACUCUUCAUGUGGCACUUAAUAAAUUGCACAAUUUAAA